GGCGUGGACCAGCAAGCGUGGGGUGUGGCACGCCCCUGCCCAAGUGCAUUUGGUGGCGACAGACCCUGGGUCCACGCACACACACACCCAAUGUGACAAGCCGUCGAAACAACCGCCUUUUUUAACCUCUGGAUUUUCGACGCUUCUCUCGUGGAUACGACCGCGUCUACAACUGUCGGUACAGAGCAGAACCGUCCAUGAUGGAAAUGCAGAGAGCAUCCAUGCAUCCGGCUUCACUGUCACGCCAUCGUGCUCUGCGGGAUGCCAGCUUUACAAGGAGGUGCGUUGACGGGACGAGACAACUAAUCAGGGUGGUCGGUCCAUGGGAACUCUCGCCGCCUUCCGUGCCUAAGCUACCCGUGUUCGAAUCCCGGCGUGCUGUCUCUGUGUGUUCUCUCUCACAGCGAGCUACGAAGCCGAUCCAGGUCGCAUAAUCACACACAAAUGUGGCAAGACAUCGAAAGCUUCCUUCUGGAUGAUGUUCAAAACGAAGCACGUUCCGACUACAACAGCCGACACGAUCCCCAUCAACCUUCCUCAUCUCACCACCUCGCAGACGACGACGACGAGGAGGAUGACGAAGAUCCUUACACUCCACCAUGCCCACACUCCUCACCAAACUCCAUCACCACAGCAUCCUACCGCCCCACCUACGACCCAUCAUACCAGGCCAAACGGGGACCGUUCUGUCCCAGCGAACAACCGCAGAUCUUUUCCCAGUACAAGCAGCCAGAACCUUCGUACUACCCGCAAACGUACGAGGCGUACAAUCCGUACCAGUACGUGACGUACUGUCCAGUUCCACCGCAGCAGAUCUCCCCGCCCGCGUCGCCCGAGGUCUCCUCGUGUUACCAACAGCCGCACCCGUACAACGGCGACUACGCCGUCCUUCCAGUGCAGAUGGUCACUCCCCCGUCAUCGCCCUCUAGCGGCCUCCUGGCGUCCACGUCAGUCGUCAGCCUGACCCGGGGUCCGACGAAGGCGCCCCGCGGACGGCGGGGUCGCCGCAAUGCGGGCCGGAAGAAGGUGACCAUUCACACAUGCGCUCAUCCGGGCUGUAGCAAGACGUACACCAAGAGCUCGCACCUGAAGGCGCAUCUGAGAACGCACACGGGUGAGAAACCGUACCAGUGCAAUUGGAAGGGCUGCGGGUGGAAGUUUGCGAGGUCAGACGAGCUUACCAGGCAUUAUAGGAAGCAUACGGGCGACAGGCCCUUUCAGUGCCGCUUGUGUGAACGGGCGUUCUCUCGCUCAGAUCAUCUCUCGCUGCAUAUGAAGAGGCAUGCGGUGCCAUAGGUUGUGGACGCGAAGGGGUCUUAUUGUGUCUUCCGACAGAGUUUGUUCAGGACUGUGUGAACAUUGAUGAGGACAGCUGAGGAACGCGAAUCGUACCAAACGAACGAACGCGGUUUGUGAAUAAGAGGUCAUUCCAGAACAAUCUAUACGGCUGCCUGCCCUCUAUGUGGGUAUCAACAAUGACUGCAGCGAACUGCCACGUGAGUGACCCGCGUGGUCAUGACGUGCAAGCAGACGAUGCAAUAUGCCUUCGCCAGAAGAGGUGGACUGGUACAUUGAAAGUGACGAUGGUACACAUAGACGGGCAUCUAGCAAAUCUCAGGGCAUGAUGUUUCGUGACUGUUCUUCGUCGCCUUAGUCAUGACCAAAAGACAGUGCCUUGUACGUCUUUGUGCGACGGAAGGUUCAUGGUGAGAAGAGUGCCUGUACUGUCGUGUUGCCUGUUAAUGUAUUUUUCUGUGCAGAUCUGCGCUGUUUUCAUUUAUGGUGCGAUGCCUUUACCAGAUAUCUGUAUUUAGCGAACAUUGAUCUUGCGAUGGUUGCAGUGAGAGAAGGCAUGAUGACUGGUAAAGUAAGCGACAAGCCCCAGAACCAUGUUAAAAAUUUUGCGGAACAUGCCUUGUUUUCCACGAGGGCCCUUGAGUCCAAGAGAUCUUGCAAUGCAAAUGAUAAUUUUCAGAUAAUUUUGCGCAUGAACCCUGUAGGUUAUCGGGGCUGAUCAGCCCCGAUAACCUACAGGUUGUUUCUUUGCAACAGUUGCCGUAACGAUUGCAACUUCAUGGAUCAUUCCGAUAAUCAACUUUAAUUAUCAUGCUUCCGUUGCCAUUGUUUCAGAAACACAUUAAAGAGACAUCCUUCAAGUUAAUAUGAGUGACAAGAACCGUUGCACAUUAGUCGGCGGCGGUGGUAGUAGCCAAUGGUGAACAGGUCGCGUGCUUCAUUCUUGUUUCUCAUUGCACGACAUUGCAACCAAUGAUGAUAUUUUUUGUGUAACCUCAUUUGAACACGCGCCAGGGAAAAAGCACGCGGCGACCCAGAAAUAUCUUAAAAAUAGCGUCUUUAUGUGCGGCUUAUUUUUCUUACCGCCGAUUGUCCUCGUUUUCAGACUGAGGAAAUACUGUUCAUAUAGGCAUUCGAGGCCUGCCUUAUAUGCUGUCCAUCAGUUGUCAGUGCGUGGUUCGAACUUCUUGGUGUAUACACCGGUGGAUGUGUGUUGUUGGGUGGGCUUACCUCACUGAACACUCAAAGAAAACAUAAAAAAGAAAAACGAAGCCAUUGCAAAACUGCCAGUGAUGAUCAAUCCCAUAUACAGCCAAUAGAAUGAAUGAUCUGCCUCAGGUGCUAGCUGCCUACCUGCACUCUAAAGAAAAAAGGAGUAACUUCAGUCCUUAUGUGGACUAGGUGCAUUACCACAAACCGUUACUCUCUUACGGGAGUAACUGCGGGAAAGUUAUGCGAAUUUUAGGGAGUAUUUGCAGUGUCAGGGAGCAAAUUUCAUGACCUGCGAACUAAAAUGGGGAGAAAGAGCAAUCUACGGUACUAUAAGUUUUAAUAGCUCCCCACAUUAAUCCUGUUCUUUUUUUUUUUUUCUUAUUGUGUGUCGCACAUACUGAAGCGAGUCAAUACUGACCAUAAAUGUUCCUGCUGCUCAAGUAUUGCGCUGUGGAUUCAAUACCCCUACAGUUUCACUGCCCAUCUAUUUGAUCGGCUGCAGAACACAAUAAAGUAUUCGUGUGAAACUGAGAUCACAAAAUGCAAAAAAAUAAAAAUUAAAAAAUGUCUGGCGGCAUGAACGGCUCGUUGAAUCUGGCAGUAACCAUAUACCGAAAAGUUGGAACCACACAUGGCAUCAUUUAUUCAUUGUGCAAUCACUCAUUCUACGAAACUAGUGUCGUAUAUAGCAUCUUGGAAGCUUGUACAUAAGUUAUUAUUACUGUACAUAAACCUAUAUAGGUAACAUUGUGUCAACACAUUGAGGGGAUGCGAUCCCAGAUCUCAGAGGAUUCGUGUGUCUCGCAGGAAAUGAUGAUGAUGAUGUGCUUCAAUAAAUGUGUUAAAUGUACAGA